CUAGUUGUAACCUUUUUAGACAGUGUCCAAGUUUCAUUUUCUUCAUUUCUUCCCCCCUCCGUAUCAUCCGACACUAGCCUGUGCCGCCGCAGCCGCCACGACUCCCGGUCUCGUAAUCAAUUUUCUCCUCUAUUACGUGUACACACAUCGAACACUGCUAAGAAGGUCUUUGAGAUGGCUGAGGUUAUCACGGAAGCCCCCAAACUGCCAAUACCAGGAAAAAGGAAUAUCCUAAUUACCAGUGCUCUGCCUUACGUGAACAACGUGCCCCAUCUCGGCAACAUUAUCGGCUGUGUGUUGAGUGCGGAUGUUUUUGCUCGGUAUUGUAGACUCAGAGGAUACAAUGCGAUAUACAUAUGUGGAACGGAUGAGUAUGGGACAGCCACCGAGACAAAAGCCAUGGAAGAGAACUCUACUCCCCAAGAAAUUUGCGACAAGUAUCACGCAAUCCAUAAGGAAGUCUAUAAAUGGUUUAACAUUAGCUUCGACAAGUUUGGGCGAACAUCCACUCCCAAACAAACUGAGGUUUGUCAUUCCAUUUUCAAGAAGCUAUUGGAGAAAAACUGGCUUACUGAGAAUACAAUGCAGCAGCUUUACUGUGACACAUGCAAAAGAUUUUUAGCUGAUCGCCUUGUAGAGGGGACCUGUCCAACACCUGAUUGUAACUAUGACUCUGCACGCGGAGAUCAAUGCGAAAAGUGUGGGAAGCUGUUAAAUCCUACAGAACUAAAAGAGCCUAGAUGCAAGGUCUGUCGGACUACUCCAUGCAUUCGUGAUACAGACCACUUGUUCCUUGAGCUCCCUUUGUUGAAGGAUAAACUAGAGAGCUAUGUAAAAAGUAUGUCAGUGGAUGGUGGAUGGAGUCAGAACGCUAUUCACACAACACGUGCAUGGCUAAGAGAAGGACUAAAGCCAAGGUGUAUCACUAGAGAUUUGAAAUGGGGGGUUCCAGUUCCACAUGAGAAGUACAAAGACAAGGUUUUCUAUGUAUGGUUUGAUGCACCAAUUGGGUAUGUGUCAAUCACUUCAUGCUACACAGCCGAAUGGGAGAAAUGGUGGAAGAAUCCUGAGAAUGUUGAGCUAUACCAAUUUAUGGGCAAGGACAAUGUGCCUUUUCAUACAGUAAUUUUCCCAUCUACGCUACUUGGAACUGGUGAAAACUGGACUUUUAUGAAAACAAUCAGUGUCACAGAAUACUUGAACUAUGAAGCAGGGAAGUUUUCAAAAAGUAAAGGUGUUGGAGUCUUUGGAAAUGAUGUAAAGGAUACAACUAUUCCUGUGGAAGUAUGGAGAUACUACUUGCUAGCAAACCGGCCAGAGGUAUCAGACACAUUAUUUACAUGGACGGAUUUACAGGCAAAGUUAAAUAGCGAAUUACUUAGCAAUCUUGGGAACUACAUCAAUCGUGUCUUGAGUUUUAUUGCAAAAGAUUCUGCUUCUGGAUAUGGUUCCAUAAUUCCUGAUACUGAAGGUGUUGUAUCUCAUCCCUUAACUAAUGCUUUGGGAGAAAUGGCUGGAAACUAUGUGGAACAAUAUAUUGAAGCCAUGGAAAAGGUGAAAUUGAAGCAAGGUUUGAAAAUUGCCAUGUCUCUUUCUGGUGAAGGAAAUGCUUACCUGCAAGAAACCCAAUUUUGGAAGCUUUACAAGGAAGACAGGCGUGCAUGUUCAAUAGUUAUGAAAACUGCUGCUGGUCUAGUGUAUCUCCUUGCUUGCCUUUUAGAGCCUUUUAUGCCUUCCUUUUCACGUGAGGUAUGUAAGCAAUUAAAUUUGCCUGAAACCAUGCUUUCACUUGCUGCUGAAAAUGGUGUCAUUGAAAGGGCUAAAAAACCCUGGAAUAUUUUACCUGCUGGUCACAAAAUUGGAACACCUACACCGUUAUUCAAAGAGUUGAAAGAUGAAGAAGUUGAAUUCUACAGAGAGAAGUUUGCAGGAAGUCAAGCUGACAGGACCUUGAAGUUAGAAGAGGAAGAAAAGAGGAUUACCGAACAAUUAAAUAAAGCUAAAAUUUCAGAUGAAAAAACGAAGAAGGUAAGAUCAACAAAAUCAGCUGAAGCCAAAUUCAAGGCCACAUUGCCUGCCUCUGGUGAACUAGAAGUGUCCAUUGGCAGACUAGAUAUCCGUGUUGGUCUUAUCAAGAAAGCCCAAAAGCACCCUGAUGCUGAUUCUUUAUACGUAGAAGAGAUUGAUGUUGGUGAAGCACAGCCAAGGACUGUUGUUAGUGGCUUGGUCAAAUACAUUCCACUUGAAGAGAUGCAGAAUCGUAAAGUCUGUGUUCUAUGCAACCUCAAGCCAGUAACCAUGAGGGGUAUUAAAUCGCAAGCAAUGGUUCUUGCUGCCUCUGACCAUAAUCACACGAAGGUUGAGUUAGUUGAGCCACCUGAAGGUGCUGGUGUUGGCGAACAUGUUACGUUUCAGGGAUUCGAGUGCAAGCCUGAUGAUGUCUUGAACCCCAAGAAGAAGGUUUGGGAAACCGUCCAAGUGGAUCUCCACACUAACAAUGAGUUGGUAGCCUGCUACAAAAAUAUUCCAUUCACUACCUCAGCCGGGGUGUGCAAGGUUUCUUCCAUCUCUGAAGGGUCUAUAAGAUAGACUGGAUUCCGUAAACACCAGAGAAUAGAGCUCUACAUUUUUGCAAUAUUGUUUCUGGCUAAAAUCCCUCCUGUUUUUAUUGUUAUCCAGAUUCUUCUAAAGACUGGCUGUUUAUAGCAAAUAAGCAAAUCAGAUGUUGUCAUGUUUUAUUCAGGAUAUAGGAUAGUUACAUUUCAGCAUUUCUAAUUAAUUAUGGUGUAUGGGUACGUGUAGUUUGGUAAUUGGUAUACACAAAGUGAAAUUCCUAUGCAAAAUGCAUACUAGGGCUGGGAUUUUAGAAAUGGGUACGGGGAGAAUUGAUUUGACAACUUGUGCCAAAAUAUCAAUGCUAAUUUUGAUAUCAAUGUUAAUUUUAAUGAUGUUUACAUUUACGCUUCAAUUUAUAUUCACACAUGGAGAUUGACUUGAGAACUUGUGCCAAAAUAUCAAUGCAUGUGACCAUGAUGAACGACAUAUUUAUGUUUAUGUCUGUAUGUAUGUCCGUUUGUCUCAUGUCUAUGUAUAUGCCCAUGUAGGGGAGGACCGGUUCGGGCCUGGGUCCGGCCGGGCCUCGGUUCAUGAAAGGGGAGGCCCGGAACCGGCCCGGGUAACCCUGGGUCCGGUUCGGGCCGGGUCUCGGUUCUUAUAUUUUUUUUUGGCUUUUCCUAAUUAACCCCCAACCCUCCCCCCUCACCCCCAAACCACCUCAAAUGGCCCAUCAUACCCAGCCCAACCCAGCUGGGCCCAAACCGGCCGGGCCCAAAAAAAAAAGAAAAAAUAAUAAUUUGCCCGGACCGGGCCCAAACCGGCCGGGCCGGUUCACGUUUUAGGAGGCCCGGGCCCGGCCCGCCUACCUCACUGGGCCGGGUUGUCUAAAUCGGGCACCAACCGGUUCACUGGGCCGGUCCGGGCUUGCACAGUAGCGGGCUGGUCCGGUUCCGGGCCGGUUGGCCCGGCCCGAGUCCACUCCUAUGCCCAUGCACCCAUGCCCAUCAGCCCAUGCCAUGUAGGGGUGGAUUCGGGCUGGGUCGGGCCGCCGGUUAGUAUCACAUGGGCUCGGGACCGGCCCGAGGGUUGGACGGGUCCGUUUCGGGUCGGGCCACCCGCCCGGGUCACGGGCCGGGUCGGUUAAAAUUUUUUUUUAAAAUUUUUAAUUUAUAUUUUAUAGUUUAUAGUUUUAUACAAGUAUUAAAAAACAAACUUUAAGUGCAUUUAUUUGAAAUGAAAUAGGAACUACAUUUGAAAAUUAAAACAAACUUCAAGAGACAAACAUUUUGUAAAUUGUAAUUAAUCGGAACUUCCCGCACCUCCCGAUCCUUUGGCUUUGUCACAUGUCUUCAUAUGCUUCAUUGCCAUCCUGUAUCCGCCUGAAACCCA